AUGUAUGCUAACAUGAUAACGAAGAUUGGAGCCAGCGCAAUUAACCGAUCACGAUCUUCUGCCGAAAAUCGUUACGUCGAGGGACCGUUUUCAGAGGUCGUGAAAGAUCUCAAGACAGACGCUACAGGAGCACUUAGCGUCGGACCGGACGGUGUCUUGCGUAGUUUCGCGGGCAACCUCGAAGUCAUUGAUUACCGUCAGCUGGAUCCCGAGCAGGUUCGAUGGUUCGGCAAGCAACAGCUCAGUGCCUGGUCGAACGAUGCAGAGAUACCAGAGUCAGUAUCUGCCUUGGUACAAGGUACCAUUGACGGACGACUUGUCACAGACGAAACAAUUCUUUUACACCCCAGCGAGAAGCCGCAAAUUGGAAAGAAGUCUUCUUCCACUCAGAGUGAGAAGCGAAGUGCAGAUGACCUUUUCAUCAGGCAAUCAGCCCUCUGCGCUGGUACAACUUGCGGGAGUCUUAACGAUUGUAUCCCGAGGGGUUGCAAUGCCUGCUACUUUCCCAACGGCCCGCCUGACGGUCGUUGCCUGGACCCCAACCCCAACCUUCCACCUCGGUAG